AUGAUCUAGGUUGUGUGUAAUGGCAGACUGGGCUAGAAGGUCUGUGUGAAGUGCAACCCUGAAGACUCCAUAGGGGACCUGAAGAAGCUGAUUGAGGCUCAGAUGGGCACUCAUUGGAAUAAGAUCAUCCUGAAGAAGUGGUACUCGGUGUCCAAGGACCAUGUGACCCUGGGGGACUAUGAAAUUCAUGAUGGAAUGAACCUGGAGCUCUAUUACCAAUAG